ACUGAAACUACUAACAACAGAGAAGAUCACUGAAGAAGAGAGAAGAAUGAAGAUCAUCUGGACUUUCACUCUGCUGAUGAUUCCUGGUGUGUUGAGCUCCAUCAGAGUGACAGGAUAUUCAGGAGGAGGAGUCAGCAUCACAUGCAGAUAUGAUAGAAGAUAUAGAGACAAUAAAAAGUAUUUUUGUAGAGGACGGUGGUCAGAGUGCACAGACCGAAUCAGGACUAAUACUAAAAAUAAACAGGUUGAUUCUGGAAGAUUCUCUCUGUAUGAUGACACAAGAGCAGCGGUUUUCACGGUGACCAUCAGAGAUCUGACAGAACAGGAUUCUGACAUUUAUUACUGUGGGACUGAUAUUUAUGCAAAAGUAGAUUCCUACACUGAAGUGAAUCUGAAAGUUGUAACAGGUGAGUAACUGAGACUCUCAAACCCAUGAUGAUCAUCAACAACACACACAUCUAACUAAUUUAAGAGUUUUUUUUGUUUGUUUGUUUGUUUGUUUUUUUUACUUUAAAUGAAGAUGAAUUAUCAUUACUGACUUCAUUCUUUACAUUGAUAUCUGAGUUUGUGUUCAACAGGUCAACAAUAUCAGUGCUGUGAGAGGAUAUUCAGGAGGAAAUGUCAUUAUAAACUACAAAUAUAAGACACUAGAAGAGAAUCCUUUGAUAGAUGUGUGUAAAACUGGAGCAGAUCAGUGUUUUACUCUAAUAAACACUGACAGAGCAGCAGAAUGGACACAUGACGGCCGAUUCUCUGUUCAUGAUGACAGAUCUGCUCGUCUCUUACGUGUGUCUAUCAGAGAACUGAAUGAGAACGAUUCUGGAGAAUAUAAGAUUACAGUCAAAGUUUCUGAAGACUACAGUUUCAUGCAUUUGUUUCUGUGGUGAACUGAUGAAUCUGUUGUUUAAUGUGAACUUGAUUUGUCUCUCAAGCAGCUGAUUGUUGUGAGAAGAGCAUCAGUCUCUCAGCUGCUGCAGGAGGAUCGGUGAACAUCAGCUGCAGAUACCCACAAUCCCACAGUGCUGAUGUGAAGUUUGUCUGCAGGAGAUCUGGAUCUGAUCUCUGUGCUGAAGAGACGUCUGUGAAGGAGAGCAGAAGAUGGAGCGCUGAGGGACAGAUGCAGCUGUAUGAUGACAGAGAGCAGCAGCUCCUGACGGGAAUCAUCAGUCAUGUGACUCAACAACAUUCAGCUGAAUACUGGUGUGGAGUUCAGUCUGAUCAAGGACACAAGAGCUUCAUCACACGAGUCCUCAUCAGUGUUACAGAGGAACUGGGCGUCUCUGUCACAUUCAUCUGUUUGUGUUAAACAUGUGACCAGGAAAGAAACACUAAAACUCAUCUGAACACACAUCGAGAGCUUCAGAAGAACUGAAUCUACUAACAACAGAGAAGAUCACUGAAGAAGAGAGAAGAAUGAAGAUCAUCUGGACUUUCACUCUGCUGAUGAUUCCUGGUGUGUUGAGCUCCAUCAGUGUGACAGGAUAUUCAGGAGGAGGAGUCAGCAUCACAUGCAGAUAUGAUAGACGAUAUAGAGACAAUAAAAAGUAUUUUUGUGAAGGAGAGUGGUCCUCAUGCUCUUAUCUCAUCAAGACUAAUAAAAAAAAUAAAUGGGUUGAUUCUGGAAGAUUCUCUCUGUAUGAUGACACAAGAGCAGCAGUUUUCACUGUGACCAUCAGAGAUCUGAGUGAACAGGAUUCUGGGACGUACCGUUGUGCAGUUGAUAAAUCAGGAAUAGAUUUCUACACUGAAGUGAAUCUGAAUGUUGUAGCAGGUCAACAAAUCAGGACGAUGACAGGAUAUUCAGAAGGAAACAUCAUUAUGAACUUUAAAUAUGAGAUGCAACAAAAGAACCUUUUGAUAGAUGUGUGUAAUACUGAAGCACUUCAGUGUUUUACUCUAAUAAACACUGACAGAGCAGCAGAAUGGACACAUGACGGCCGAUUCUCUGUUCAUGAUGACAGAUCUAAAGGUUUCUUACAUGUUUUUAUUAGAGACCUGAAUGUGAAAGAUUCUGGAGAAUAUAAGAUUAUAGUUACAGUUUCUGAAGACUACAGUUUCUUCUCUGAGUUUUACCUGGACAUUAAGAAGGCAGCUGAUUGUUGUCAGAAGAGCAUCAGUCUCUCAGCUGCUGCAGGAGGAUCUGUGAACAUCAGCUGCAGAUACCCACAAUCCCACAGUGCUGAUGUGAAGUUUGUCUGCAGGAGAUCUGGAUCUGAUCUCUGUGCUGAAGAGACGUCUGUGAAGGAGAGCAGAAGAUGGAGCGCUGAGGGACAGAUGCAGCUGUAUGAUGACAGAGAGCAGCAGCUCCUGACGGGAAUCAUCAGUCAUGUGACUCAACAACAUUCAGCUGAAUACUGGUGUGGAGUUCAGUCUGAUCAAGGACACAAGAGCUUCAUCACACGAGUCCUCGUCAGUGUUACAGAUAUUACAAAAACAAAUUCACCACCACCACCACCACCAUCAUCAUCAUCACCAUCAUCAUCAUUAUCAUCAUCAUCAUCACCAACGUCAUCAUCAUCACCACCAAAGUCAUCAUCAUCAUCAUCAUCAUCAUCUGCUUCUUCUUUCUCAUCAGUCAGAAGUCCACUGAUCACAAGUGUUUCCAAAUCAUCUCCAUCCAGUUUCACAUCUGCAGGCUCUUCUCUGAUCGUUCCUCUGGUUCUGGUUCUUCUGGUUCUGAUCAUCGUUGGCCUCUUAUUUCUGUUUCUCUGUAAGAAGCAUCAGUCUCGAGGCGGUGAUUCAUCAUCUCAGACUAGAGCAGGAAAACAUGAAGUGGUUUCUCACACUGCUUGUGAUUAUGAGGAGAUUCAAGACUCUCACAAACAAUUACCUACACACCCCUCUGAUUCAUCUAACACUGUUUAUGCCACAGCUCAGUUACCCACAAACCCCUCUGUUUCUCCUGACACUGUUUAUGCCACAGCUCAGUUACCCACAAACCCCUCUGUUUCUCCUGACUGUGUUUACGCUACAGUUCAGAAAGACACUGGUGACUCUCAGAUCUUGAUCACAUCUGCUGAGGACCUGAAUUACUCCGUGGUGAAUUUCCAGAAGAAAGCAGACUGUCCUGACAGUGUUAGAUUGAGGAAUAAUCAGGAUUACAGUGAAUAUGCUGCUGUCAAUCAUCUCACUGACUGACGACACACAGCAGAUAAUCUCAUUGAACUGAAAGCUUUGAUUUUGGGUUCAGGCUUCCAUGUUUCGUAUUUUUGUUAUUUUUGUGGCUCUCCUCUGCUGUAUAUUUAAGACAGUCUUGCAGGUCAAACUUUUGACUGUCGACGUGAAGGAUGUUUAAAUGACAGAGCAGUGUUUUGUUCUGCAAAGAAAUGAUCAGAAACCCUUGAGUUUUUGGUCAGCAUUUGAUGUAAAUAAGUUCUGAAUAUUUCUGAGACAAAAAGAAUAUGUGUCUGUGAUCAGUUAGUUUGGUUAACGUUAAACUACACGUCUGGCUACCUGCGGUUCUUGUAAAACUUUUAUUAAGUCUCAGUGUUUAAAAGCUCACAAACUUUUACACAUGCAGCAGCUAUUGCUUUUUUUCCUCAGUGUUCAUUUUAAAAGCUUGUUAACUUAGAAAGGAAAAUUUAGUAAACCAAGAUGAAGUCAUGAUAUUGUAUUCAAAUAUGAUAUGAAUGGACUAUGGAAAGCUGAAGUGAUCAAAAAGCAAAACUUUUGUCCUCUGAGAUGAAGUGUGAGAGGGAGUUAUUUUGGUUAAAUAUUACCUGAAUGUAUAUGUGUACAUGAAUGAGUGAGUACAUUAAUUAAAAAAAUAAUAAUACUGA